CACAAACACAAAGAAGACUCCAAUAUCAUUCAUCUAUGGCUUCUUCACACCAACAGCAACAAGAACAAGACCAAUCAGCUUUAGAUCUCAUAACCCAACACCUUCUUACCGAUUUCUCUUCCUUAGACACCUUUAUCUCCUCAAUCCAACACUGCACCACCUCAACUCUAAGCCAACGGAAGCCACCUCUUGCCACUAUAGCAGUUCCUACUACUGCACCAGUGGCUCAAGAGGAUGAUCAGAGGCAUUACAGAGGCGUCAGGAGAAGACCAUGGGGUAAGUAUGCGGCUGAGAUCAGAGACCCAAACAAGAAAGGUGUUCGUGUCUGGUUAGGCACUUUUGACACAGCCGUGGAAGCUGCAAGAAGUUACGACAAGGCUGCUUUUAAACUACGAGGAAGCAAAGCCAUUCUUAACUUUCCACUAGAAGCAGGCAAGCACCAGGAAAUUGGAGACAACAACAAGACAGUCUCUUUAAAAGCAAAGAGGAAGAGACAAGUAACGGAGGAUGUUAGCCACCUGAUCAACCAUAAAUCUGUGAAGAUGGAAGAAACUCAGGCUCAGGCUGAUGCUUGUCCAUUAACGCCGUCAAGUUGGAUAGGGUUUUGGGACGGAGAAGACAGUAAAGAGAUGAGAAUAUUCUCAGUGCCUCCGUUAUCUCCUUAUCAAUCUCUUGGAUACUCUCCACUUGUGGGAACUUUGAUCACGAUUGCUCACUGGGUUACUGAUGAUGCUGAACUAAAUUCUUACAAAGCGACUACAAGAGAAAUUGAACCUACCUUCAAGAGAACCAAAAGAUCAGAGGAUGAUCAGAGGCAUUACAGAGGCGUGAGGCGAAGACCGUGGGGCAAGUAUGCAGCUGAGAUCAUCAGAGACCCAAACAAGAAAGGUGUUCGUGUCUGGUUAGGGACUUUUGACACAGCCAUGGAAGCUGCAAGGGGUUACGACAAGGCAGCUUUUGAAUUACGAGGAAGCAAAGCCAUUCUUAACUUCCCACUUGAAGCAGGCAAGUUCGAGUACUAUGGAGACAGCAGCAAGACUGUCUCUUUAAAAGCAAAGAGGAAGAGACAAGUAACGGAGGAUGAAAGCCACCUGAGCAGCAAUAAAGCUGUGAAGAGGGAAGAGGCAGAAAUUCAGGCUCAAGCUGAGGUUUGCCCGCUAACACCAUCAAGUUGGAUGGGAUUUUGGGACGGAGAAGACAGUAAAGAAACGAGAAUAUUCUCUGUGCCUCCGUUAUCUCCUUAUCCAUCUCUUGGACACUCUCAACUCGUGGUUACGUAAGCUUCUGAGGAUCAAACAUUAGGUGACAUCAGAAACUUUGGUAUAUAUAUCUACAAGUAAAGCACCAAGAAGAUGAUUAUAAAUAGAACUUACUAAU